GACGUCCAUCCAGGUCACGGCUUCGUCACACUACAUUGACCAUGAUGCCUUGCGCCUACGCGCCGACUUUUUGAAUGCUAGGUUUGUUAUAGUGUUACAGUGAAGUUCACUGUAAAGUGUUUUGCACCUAAGUAUAAUUUAUUAAAAUUGUCCGCAUAGUUUAACCAUAGUCACUUCUGCAUAAUGUUCCAGCUGCAUUUUAUGUGAGGGAAAAAUUCGGGGGUGCUCACCGACUAGCUAGCUACCUAACCCUUUUCGUAUAAUGGGAAGUAAAAAGCUAAGAAGGACAAACCUGUCCGCAGAGAUAUGCAGCAGGUUAAACAGCCACCGUAUCGAGACUUGUCGGGACCUGCUGUCCCUCACACCCCUGGAGGUGAUGCGUGUGGCAGGGGUGAGCUACUCUCAAGCCUGCCAGCUGCUGAAGACCACCAGCCAAGCCUGUGCUCCCAAAAUGACUACGGCCUUGGAGCUAUGGAGGCAGAAGACUGGUCUUUAUUUCCCAACCUCCCUCGCUGCUCUUGACCGGCUGCUGCAGGGGGGGCUGGCAUGCGGCACGCUAACCGAGGUAACAGGCCCCUCCGGUUGUGGUAAGAGCCAGCUGUGCAUGAUGCUCAGUGUGUUGGCCACUCUGCCGCACAGCAUGGGCGGCCUCGACAGGGGGGUUCUCUACAUCGACACAGAGUCUGCCUUCUCCGCUGAGAGGCUGGUGGAGAUCGCUCAAAGCAGAUUCCCCGACUAUUUCUCGGUGAGGGAGCGUGUGGAGGAGAUGGCGAGCCGGGUGCACCUCUUCCGGGAGCUCACUUGCCGGGACGUCCAAAGUAGACUGCAGAACUUGGAGGAGGACAUCAUCUCCUGCCGGGCUGGCCUGGUGGUGCUGGACUCUGUGGCGUCUGUGGUGAGGAAGGAGUUCGACCCAUCACUCCCAGGGAAUCUGGCGCACCGCAGCAACCUGCUGGGCCAACAGGCUGCCACCCUCAAGUACCUGGCCCAGGAGUUCAGCAUCCCGGUUGUUCUAACCAAUCAGAUCACCACAAACCUGAGUGACCUGAAACCUGCGACAUCUUUUAAAUGGAACAGUCUGGAAGGAUCUUCCCUGGCUGCAGAGGAUUCUGGGUAUGUGACAGCUGCGCUGGGAAAUACCUGGAGCCACAGUGUCAACACACGCCUCAUUGUCCAGUAUGUAGACGCACACUGCAGACAGAUCAUCGUAGCGAAGUCUCCCAUUGCCGCUUUUGCCGUGUUUAAGUACUCCAUACAGAGCGAUGGCAUUCGUCUGGAAGGUGAUGAUGACCAAGCAGGCCCCUCCCACCAAGGCACAGAUCCUGGGCUUCAGCCAAUCAGGGUGCGAUCUGGAUUCGCCUGCAAUCUGACGCGGGGCUCGUCUGCCAUCCGCAACAUGAGAGGCAGCUACUCCUGACUGAUCGGUUAACUUGGGCUAUUUCUCCACGAUGACAGUAGACGAUGACCUUGCCGUGUGUGUAUGUGUAAGUGUGUAUGUGUGUCUUAUCUUCCUAUGACUUUGGGCGAGAGGAACAGCCCACAGUGGCACUGAAUGUUAGCGAUUUCACAAACCGAUGUCAAGGCCGCAGUCUCCCGGCUCAGCCUGCCUGAUUUCCCCCUGCGGUUGCUCAUGCGUAACUGAGCACCGUUUGUGGUCAGACGCGCCCGGCUGUCCUGCCCUCCUGUCCUGCAGCUGUGCACCCAGCACCCUUAUCACACCUAUUAUGUACAAAACUGGGCAAGAUGGUGGGACGUGAGCUCAGCAAACGGCACCCUUGGGCCGGGGUCUGCUUAUCAGAUACCGUCUCGGCUGCUGGGCUGCCUUUACUGCUACUGUUAUCUGAGCUGUUUGCUCAGGCCCUCAGCUUCUCGAAUGGUACCGCAGUACAGCUUGAGGCGAGGCGUUAUCUGAGCCGUCACCGCCAGUAAACAUAAUGAGAAGUCCUGCUUGGCCCUCUGCCCUAACCCUUAUUGGCUCUUAUGCGGAUGAUCAUUUUUAUGACAGUGUUUGUGCUGUGUAGUCAGGGGCUGGCUAUGAACCUAUGCAGUGAUGUGCUGAGAUACUCUGUAGGAUGGAAGCCUUGUCUUGUGCCAACACUGCAUGAGGUUAAGAAAUAAAUACAUAUAUAAUUUCAUAUGUGGAUUAAUGGCCUAGAACUUUAUUUAGGUUAAAAUGUGUCUGUACUUGCACAGUAUUUCCUGCCCAGACAUAAACUGCAAUCAGUAAAGACCCCCCCCCGUGCCACCCCCCCACAAAACGCACACUAUUCUAAACAGGCCUGGGGUGUGAGCUCACAGCUCAGGUAACACCUGGCUGCACUGCGAAUCCCCAGGUGAUUGGCCCCUGGGGGGGGGGGGCACAGCAGGCUCGGCAGGUUUCAUGCAAGGCUCAAUCUUGAUGGAAGAUUACCUGAAGGAACCUACGGUGGCAUUGUUCUGAUGUGCAAUCUCGGUUGGCUGUUUAUUUAUGGGAUCCUCUCCCACAAAGGCUAUUGGCUGCUCAGGCACUGAAGGCAUCAAUCUUGGCUCGCACUAAUGGAACUUGACAGGCUGUUGCCAUGGUGCUUAGGGCUGAAGGGGAAGAUGAGGAAGUUUGGCUGAUUAUUUGAACAAUGGCCUUAUUUUGGGUGGUUCCUUCUUUUUAACUUGACACACACCACACACAGGCUGGCUUCACUGGCUUGUUCACAUCACAGUGGUGAUCCUCAGAGUGCCAGUCUUUGAUAAGUUAACUGCAGAUAACUGUUUUUCCAGUGCUGUUUCUGUGCGUUUAAUGUAUUUAGCUUCAUCAUCUACAGAACACAUGAAUAAAAUCUAUCUGUAUUGAUAGUGUUUUCAUUUAA